GGAUGAUGUAGUUGGGGCUGGUCCUGCUUGGAGCAGGGGGCUGGACUAGAUGUGACCCCUGAGGUCCCUUCAACCCUCAUUUCUAUGAUCUGUGAUUCUAUGAAUGUCUUCAUUUCAUUUCAUGCUGCACAAAAACUCUUCAGUUCUCCAUUGAUAAAUACAGUUGAGUAAGAAAAAGGCUGGAACCAGGGGGAUAUCCCCAAGGUUGUUGUCACCACAGCCAGUAAAGCAGCAGCUGUAGGAGGAGCCAGUCUGACGCUAGGAGGUCCUGGGGCAGGAGGUGAUGCAGACCAUGCAGCCCCCUUCUGAGACCGAGAUUCCCUCAGAGACCCUACAGCUGGCACUGGGGCAUGACUUCUCCACCCCAGAGACCUGGCGUAAACGCUUCCGGAGCCUCCGCUACCUGAAAGCCAAGGGGCCGUGGGAGGUUUGCAGCCGCCUGCAGGAGCUUGGUCGGCGCUGGCUAGAGCCCCAGCACCGCAGCAAGGAGCAAAUCCUGGAGCUGGUGGUGCUGGAGCAGUUCCUGGCCAUCCUGCCUCGGGAGAUGCAAAGCUGGGAGUGGGGACCUGGUGUGGAGACCUGCGCGGAAGCCUUGGCCCUGGCUGAGGGAUACCAGCUGCAGCAGAAGGAGGAUGAGAAGCUCCGGGUCACAGUGAGUGUAAAGGUCAAGGAAGUCUCAGAUAAGAUGCAGUCCACAGCAGCACUGCAGGAACCUGGUGCUUCCUGCCCGGAGCAACCAAAGACAUGUUGUGUGGAAAGGCUUCUGGAUGAGUCAGGAGAGAGGGAAACCCCAGGGCCUGGGGACAGGCCACCUCAUGUCCGCAGAGAGGAGCCCCUGCCCCACCAAGAGCCAGAUUCCCUUGUAACCGAGGCGACCUGGGAGCCAUGGUACCCAAGACGAGGCCCUUCCCCUGGACCAGGUGCUGCGACCCCAAGGAGAGGUGAGCAGAAGCCUCCUGGAGAAGAGCCUAUAACCCUGGAGCUGCAGAGGACUUCCCCAGGGAGACUGGAGGAGAGGGGCUCCCUGACACCUGAGCCAGGCCAAGUACAGCUCCAGGCGCUGUUUGAGGCCGUGGCAGUGUAUUUCACGCAGAAGGAGUGGGAGCUGCUGGAAGAUGAAGACAAGCUGCUUUACCGGGACCAGAUGCUAAAGAUAUACCAAACCCUCGUUUCCCUGGGGUAUCAAGGUCCUACACCUGACUUAGUCUGCAGCAUCCAGCAAGGACAAGUGGAGCUCUGGGGCUGUGAUGAUGAGGAUGGUGGGGAAAUCUCAAGGUCCGAGGAUCUGCUGCCAGGUGGUGCCUGGCUGCUGAGCACAGCUGAGGAGCAGGCUCCUGCGGAAGGGUCUGUGAACCUGGAGCCCCCACGGACUUCCCCAGGGAGUUUGGGUGAGAUGGACUCCCUGAGACCUGAGAAGGAGCAAUGGCACAAGAGUCAGCAGGUGCCCAAAAAGCAGAAGGAGAAUGUAGCAGUGAACCAGCACCAGCGGUUCUACCUGCGGAAGAAGACACACCGCUGCACCGAGUGCAAGAAGAUCUUCAGCUGCUGGCAAGACCUGUCCCAGCACCAGUGUGUGCAGAGUGGGGAGCAGCCACGCCACGUCACCAAGCGUAGGAAGACUUUCAGGAAGACCUCCAAGCUGGCCAGACACUGGUGCAUGCACACAAGGGAGAAGCCGCAUCAGUGCUUAGAUUGUGGGAAGAGCUUCAAUCUGUCCUCCAGCCUGACCAAACACCGGCUCAUACACACAGGGGAAAAGCCACAUCGAUGGUCAGAGUGUAGGAAGAGGUUCACCCGAUCCUCUGACCUGGCUCAGCACCAGCGUAUCCACACAGGGGAGAAGCCACAUCAGUGCUCUGUGUGUGGGAAGAGCUUCAUCUGGUCCUCCCACCUCACCCGGCACCAGCUUAUCCACACAGGGGAGAAGCCACAUCGGUGCUCACAGUGUGGGAAGACCUUCAACAGAUCCUCCAACCUGGCUGAGCACCAACGUAUCCACACAGGGGAGAAGCCACAUCAGUGCUGUGUGUGUGGGAAGAGCUUCACCCGAUCCUCCAAGCUGGCUGAGCACCAGCGUAUCCACACAGGCGAGAAACCGCAUCAGUGCUCUGUGUGUGGGAAGAGCUUCAGCCUAGCCUCCAACCUGACCAGACACCGACUUACCCACACAAGGAAAAAGCCACAUCAAUGUUCUGUGUGUGGGAAGAACUUCACCCGAUCCUCCUGCCUGGCUGAGCACUAGCAUAUCCACACAAGAGGAGAAGUCACAUCAGUGCUGCUUGUGUGGGAAGAACUUCAACCAGUCCUGUAGGCUGGCCAACCACCAGAUCUGUGGAAAAAAAUCCCCCUGUUCCUCUCUUCCUGGUCUGAGACAGCCCAACCUCCGCCCCCUUCUGCUUCAGCUCUACCUGGUCACCUAGGCGACUGGGCUUUAAAAAGUCCUAUGGGAAGGGGAGCUCGGUUUUCCUUUGUCCUGUAGCAGGCAUUUUUGGGAAGGACAUGCAGUCAUUUUGGGGACUCAGCCAAGCUUGGGCCUCUGGAGAAAUCCUCUAGAUGAUUAUACUGUCAGUAGAUAUGGAAACUUAGCCAGUAUAUUAGGAUUAAGUGAUUUUUAGAUGUGCUGAAAGGGCCACAAGCCCAUUUUUGUAUGACUCAUUUUAUUAGCGAUUGCUCAAGGUGUUUGGGUUUUUUUCCUCUUAAACUUAUUCUGUUCUCUACCCCACCCCCACCCCUAUUCUCUCCCUCUCUGAUCAAUCAAAGCUAUCUGUUACAGCGUGCCUAGCUGUGAAUCUCUGAGGGGAGAGACACGUCUUUAUAACUCCCAUUGCUCGGCUACCUAAGGUGGGCUUGGCUUUUUACUUUCCUCCGGUACCAGAGGCUGCUUUUGAAUGCUUCAGGUAAAAGGAGCACCCAGAUACUACCAGUGGGCAAAGUUCCCCUGAGGUCUGCAGGGUCUAUGUACCCUGGACUGCAUAGAGCCCAAACGUAGACCACUGCUUGGAAGGUAGCAAUGUUAACCCAGGCUUGCGGGAGGUCUGCAGGAAGGGGGAUGGCUGGACAUAGGCUCCCCAGGGGAGACUUCUGAAGCAUGGUUUUGGGCCUGGUACAGUGAAGUUGGUGCUUCAGUGUAGUAGCACCCCCUAGUGUUCCACUGCAGGCCCAUCUACAUGGGCUGGGGGAGAGGCCCCAUUGGUGCUUGGAGUGUGGGAAAAGCUUCCCCUGAUCUUACAACCUGGCUGUGCACCAGCAUAUCUACACGGGGAGAAGCCAGAUCAGUCCUCAGAGCGUGCAAAGUGCUUCCUCCACUCCUCCAAACUGGCCCAACACCAAUGCAUCCAGAUCCAGGAGCAUCUAUAAUUCUGCCAGCAGUGCAGGAAAGUCUUGGGAACCUGCUCAGCACCCACCAGGGUCUGCAUUGUGGCAAGUAGUUUCCUGCUGGUGGACUGCAGCAAGAGUUCAACCAUUGUUUGGUCCUUCAAGGGCACCACAGAACCCAAAGGACACAGAGGCUGGCCCCCAAGGUUUGAUGAUGGGGAGGGGUUCAAAGGAAACAUCUCAGGCAGAGGCCAGCCCAGGUGCUGGGGGAACCUGCGAGGAGAUGAUCUCCAUAAUUGUCCUUUCUGCUGAUAUCCCCCCAGUGUAUAAAUUUCCCCCCACUUUCCCUUUAUUACAGCGUUUAAGAGAAUAA